AUGGCGGGGAAGAAUGUGCUGAAGAAGAAGGGAGAAGUAAAGCUCAUGACAAUUGGAACGAUGAAUCAUAUCAAGUUCAUGGAUCGACGUGAGGUCAACAUCUUGACAUCCAUCCACUCUGGCGGUAUGAGCGACACGGGACGGGCAGACAGAGCCACCCGGGAGCAGAUCAUCAAGUUUGAUGUGGUGAAGGACGACAACAGGUUUAUGGGAGCUGUCGACUGGUCGGAUCAGAUGGUCCAGUACAACUCAUUUAAGCGGAAGACACGGAAGUGGUGGAAGAAGGUUUUUUUCCACUUCUUUAUGUUAGCAGAGCUCAACGUCUACUUGCUGUACAAAGAGUCGACUGCACAGCCCCUCAGUCACCGUAUGUUCAGGCAUGAGCUGGCCAAGGAGGUGGCGAGACAGAUUAUCCCUCCAAAGCCUUCAAGACGCACCAGCCUCCAGCCUGGAGAUUCUUUACUACAUCGUCUUACAGCCAGGCACUUCCCCAGCAGAGUCCCUCGUCAUGCUGGCACCGUAGAGCAACCAGGGAAUAAGGUCAGACCUGCCACUCGACUCUGCGUUGUUUGCACCACCAACACUGGAAAGAGGAAAGCCCCGGGUGACAGUCGGAAGAGGAAAUAA